UUUAUUCUUUUUGAGAAAUAACCUUAGCUCCUUCGAAAGCUUAUUCAUGGCACCAGAACCUCCAUUAAUGGCUGACCAUCAAGUUAAGCCCAGAAGUUCCAUUAGUGGAGUUUUAGUGCUGGUACGAGUCAUUCUUGUGUUGCUUCUGUUCAAGUUCAACAUAACUGUGUCGUCACAGUCCAUCAUCAAGACUCUUCCUGGCUUUUCCGGUGAUUUACCAGUUAAAAUGGAAACUGGUGGCUUGUGGAUCACCCAAGUUUCUCAAAAACCCACUCUAUAUUAG